CAUGUAAUUUCCAUAUGAAGAUCCUUUUUUUAUCUAAAUUCUAGUUAACUACCAAAAACUAUUUUCCUUAUAACAAAAAGAAUUUGAAAAAAGCAAAACGAACAAUUCAACAUGGAAAUGGAAGAAGAAAAAUUUCAUUUAAUAAAAACGGGACUGCUUGCAUUUAAUAAAAUUUAUGAAGACCCAGAGUUCAAAGCGAACUUUAGAAAUAUAUCACUGAAUAAAUUAAUUUCUCUACCCUGCUGCUGGAUCCGUCCAAUCCUUGUGUUUGAUAAUCUCAGUUUUAUUGAUUCAGACCUUCAGCCAAAAGUGCAAUAUUCAGGCAAAUUUGAUAAUAUUGGCAUUUCUGCUGCUCUCGAAAGUCUCUGCUCAUGCCGUCCACUUUUAUCGAGAGUUGUGCCUAAAGACGAAAAUGUAUCUGGUGGUUAUGUUGGUAUGAAUUUAUUCAGGUUUUGGCACUUUGGCAAAUGGAUUUCAGUACUCGUAGAUGAUCGACUGCCUUAUGAUAUGGAGAAACAACAGUUUCUCUUUACUAGCACCGGCCUACCGUACGAGUAUUGGAAACCUCUACUUGAAAAGGCGUAUGCCAAAUUGAUGGGCUCAUAUUGGGCCCUGGAACAAACGAAUAUUUUGGAAUUUUUAGAAGACCUUACCGGAGGAAUCACCGAAUACUUUAAUGUAAAAGAGACCACACAGAUUCUUAUGAAGUCCGUUUUGAAAUUAGGGGUGGCGAAAGGCUCGAUCAUUAUUUGUUGUACAUCGAUUGGGCAAAAUGAACGUGGAGACGGGGCCGACUUGAGAGGUUCAAACUAUUUUAUGAUCUCCACACUUAAAGAAGUUAAGUACAAGGAGACAGAGUAUAUGCUGCUAAGAGUUAAAAAACUUUUCGGCCCAUUUGAAGAAGAUGGCAAUUUUUUUAAACACACGACAUAUCCCCAAUUAGUGAAGAGCAAAAAAAUGGCAAAGGAAAUAAAAGAAGAAUCUGUUGAGGGGGAAUUUUGGUUGACAUUUAAAGAUUUUAUUAUACACCUUGAUCACAUGUUCAUUUGCAACCUGUGUCAUGAUAUAAGCCUGCACCACCAACAUUGGGAAUUAGCGUCGUACCAGGGAUAUUGGUAUGAAAACAUGUCUGCAGGAGGCCCGUCUAAAGAUUUUGCGUGUUUCUUGACAAAUCCACAAUUUAGAAUUUUAAUAAGGGGCAAAGAGUAUGAAAAUCUAAUGCCAGUUAUAAUUUCCUUAAGUCAACGGAGAGUCCCUGUGUUGAAUAAAAAAAGCCAUUUGGUUAAAUACAAACCGUUUCUCCCAAUUGGAUUUACUGUUUAUAAAGUGAGUAUUGACAAUGUUCACCAUUUGAGUUACAAAUAUUUGUGUAUGAACAACCCGAUUUAUCAUGCUCGGUAUUAUGAAAGGAGAGAAAUAUGCGUAAGGCUUAUGAUACCAUGUGGCAGCUAUGUCAUAAUACCAUCGACAGCCAAACCAAAUAUGGAAGGAGAAUUUUUACUAAGAGUUAUGACACAUCAUAAAUCCUUUAUGGAUUUACCGUGGGAGCCAAAAGAAGAUAUUUCUGAGACUUUAGGAUUUCCAAUAGGAAAUAACAUGAAAAAAUGUUCAUUGUAUAUUCAGUUGAAUCCAAGAUAUUUAGUCGGUCAGCCAAUCGAUAUUACGGUCAAAGUUUAUGCUCAAGAUGAAUUGAACUGUCCAAUUUCAAUUUGCAUUGCUUGCAACUGCAUAACAACCACUGGAAGAGGGCACAGGACGAUAAAAGGAAAAGAGGAUACAGUUUAUUUAGAAAAAGGAAAAAUUUAUGAAACAUCUUUAUCAAUAAAUUUCUAUGAAUAUGCAAGGAAAAGACUCCAUGAAUAUGUUUUUACUGUGUUAUGUUCUGUUUAUGAGCAAGGAGGAAAUGCUAUUAUAUAUGACACUAAGGAUUUCUGUCUUGACCUUCCAGAACUUUAUGUUGGUUAUUCUCAGACUGAAGAAUUAGAGAGCAAAUUUCCAGUCGAGUCUUGGUUUGUUAAUCCUGUUCCAUGUCCAAUAGAAUAUGGAUUGUUUUUGGUUGAGUCACCACAAUUGAGAACAAGCCCAGCAGUUGUAGAAACUGGGCAUAUUGGCCCUAUGUCGAGAGCAGUUGCACAGUUUGACAUAUUACCAGGAUCUCCUGGAAAAUACACAGUGACAGUUAGGUUCAUCUCAAAAGUAUUUAAUUUACGCGCCACCGUAGAAUUGUGCAUAUACGAACCGGAGAGUCCUCAAGAAGAAGAAAAAACUGUAGAAGAGGAGGAAAUAAUUAUAGAGGAGUCGAGCUCAGAAGAUGAAAUAUAUUACGAAAUGGAAACAGAGAUUAUAGAUGAAACUGAACAGAUGCCAUUAGGCCUGAUGGAAGAAGAAAGUGAAAUAGAAUUUGAGGAACUUUUGGAAGAAGAAAUGGAAUUUGAAAUUUGGAAGAAAGAAAUAAUAACUCAUGAAGAGAGACAUUCACAGCCUGUCCGCAUUAGUGAUGUAUCAGAAGAAAUUGAUCACAAUGACACUCAUCUACCUUCUCCUCCAAGAUUGGUUAAAAGUGUAUCAAUCAUGUUCAUUUAAAAAUCAAUUAACCGUAGGUAAUAUUUCAUUAAUACAAUACGGGGGUUUUUUAAUGUGUGAAAUAUGGUAUGUACAUAUGGCUUGCUUACAAUAUUUCACUUGUAUGUAUUAUAUUCUACAAUUUAUAGAUCUAAUAAUUGGGCCUUUUAAAUAAAACUAUUGUCACCUCA